AACGCAGGGCCUUCGGUGACCCUGCCGUGCGCGUGCAAGUUCGUUGGAGCAUUGGGCGUAGAGGUUAUUUCCAGCGUUAGGAAAAGCCCUACACUGAAACUAGUCGUUCACCUCUUGGCCACACAAGCCGGCGAUCAGCCACGGAGGGACUAGCCUGACAGCUGGUCUACGAGGGCUCUGCAUUUAGAGUUGCAUUUAGGGCUCCAGCCGCAUUUAGGGAAAUGCGCAGCAUUUCCGCGCAUGCACAGCCACACUCGUCAUUGUCACCGUUCCAGCAACGAGCGUCCUCCCCCCUCUGUAGUGCCACUCAACGUGACGCCUGCCAAUCACCUGUAGAAGAAGAGCCAGAGCAGACUCCACAUUGUUCUUAACUCGUGACUACUUCCGCUGCGUCGGCUGCGUCGGUUGCGUCGGUUGCGUCGACUGCGUCGGCUGCGUCGACUGCUUUGCUUUGCAAGGGUUUCGUCUCGCAGCCGCCCAGUGCCCUUGCAUUGCCCGCGCUCCGUCAGAACGAGGGAUCCGGGUGGGUGCAAGCUGGCCCGAUUAAAUAGAGAAGUCGUACAGACGAUCUCGUUACACGCGCGAGCUUAUUGGCCCGAGUGGUAACAGGCCUGCGCUGGCAAGUCGAGCAGGUCGGGCAAGACUCGGCGUUGAGACGCCACGUGGCAAGCCACCUGCAUGCCGCGCACGGCCCGUCGCGCGCGUACCGUUACUCUAACCAUGGGGAGGAUAUGUUGACGCGUUAACUCGCUGGUAGAUGCACGAGAGACCCGUACUGACCGCCGUCCGCCUCCUAACCGAAGCGCCGGCUCGCAACGGGCGUCGCCACGGUGGAUGCGCCAGCAGAGGCCCCCUCGUUACUGGGGGCCUCGGUAGAAGAAGAUCGCGGCGAUCGCGGCGGCGGAGAUGCUGUAGCUCAGGCAAGCUCUUCGUCCAGUCGCAGUCCUGGUGCCACCCUGUCGCAGCUGGGUGUUCCACCGGGCUAUGCGACUUCUGGCGACACAGCCGCUGUCGCCUGCGCGAUCGGUGCGGUCGCGCAACCCGCCGAUUCAGGCAGAUUGUUGUCGCCAAGCCAAGGGAAACAGCUCGAGCAGGAGCCAGGCGCGGGAGGCGGACCCUGUGACGAUGCCGGGGAAUGCGGCGCGAGGAGCGGAGGAUGCAGCGGGACUGGCUUGCGGAGCAGACUCCGAACCGUCCCAAGCGGAAGCUGGGGUGGACGUGGAAGCGGAAGAGGGAGUGGUGGAGUGGAAUGGGGAGCGGUUGGGGAAGAAGGUGCAGUGGCCUGACGAUAGAGGUCUCACGCUGGCUGAUGUGCGCGAGUUCGAACCCAGGGGACCAAGCCACGGUUGCAGCUGUGCCAUUCUCUAGGUUCUGCCCUACACCUCUGCCCUACACCUCUGCCCUAUACCUCUGCCCUACACCAGCUGUCCUUCCUCCUUCUACUCCCCCCCCCUCCACCCCCUCCCAUUUCCUCUUCCCUUCUCCCUCCCAAUCUUUCAGCGCCUUUACCCUUUCGCUUAUCCUUGCUGCCUCUUCACAUCACUCCAUGUCCCUAUUCCCCCCUCUCACAAGCACUGUCCCUCCAACAACCCCCCUCCCUCAGUCUCACUCUCUCUGGCACUCACUCUCGUUGUGCCUCCUCUCACUCCCCUGUCUGUUGUCUCCUCACUACACCUCCUCUCACUCUCAACUCAACACCUCAUAGACUUCCCCCAUAACGUCAUUAGGAUUUAGGCCACCGCCGAGCCGAUACAGCUUCCUAUAAGCUGCUGCAGUUCUAGCUCCGUUCACUAUCCUUGCAUCCAUGCACGCUGCCCCAACUGUUCAGUUACAGGAAGAGAAGUGCAUUUGCCUAGCGUAGGUAAUUCCUUUUUCUUUGUAACCGCAACAUCAAUGAUUUGUAGGAAGUGCAGGAGUAUGCAGGUUGGAAUACUGCUUGUAGACUGUUGGGCUGAGAAAAGCCCUUAGGAUCUUUUGCAGAGACUAAGUCCAGCUGUAGAGACUUGAGGCUUGGAGUAGUGCAGCGGAAGUUGAGGCAGUUGAACCCUUGUACUA